AUGCGUUGGCUAAAACGCCUAAAAGUGGCAAACCAAGUAGAAUUAUCAAAACGCCCACUUCAACAUUUUAUUAAAUUUCAGAUUCGUUGCUAUAGACCUUCUUAUCUGUUUAGCCGUUCCCUUGAUAAAGUUAGCCUAAAACAACUAAAAUGCUCCGGAUUAGAAAAAAGAGGAGUAACAGGUUCGAAACGAACAUGCCGUCAAAUGGAUGGAUGCCCUUCAGUCUGUACAUGUACUCAAGUUGGGGGGAAUAUAUCUGAUAUAAAUAAUGGGGUAGAUGUAGUUGUUGAUUGCCAUGAUAGACAAUUACGUUCUGUGCCUGUUGGAUUGCCUCAAAAUACUGUUGAAUUAAGACUUGAGCAAAAUAGAAUAACACAAUUAGAAGCAAACUCUUUCUCUCAUAUGCCUAAACUUGUACGUCUAGAUCUCAGCAAGAAUAAUAUAAUUUCUGCACACCCAGAAACGUUUAGAGGACUGAAACAGCUUAAUUCCUUAAUGCUUUAUUCCAACAAUUUAACAGAUUUGGGCGAUCAACUUUUUAAAGAUCUAAAUUCACUCCAAGUACUUUUACUUAAUGGAAAUAAGCUUAAAUGCCUUAGGGAUGGAAUUUUUGAACGACUUGGCCAUUUAAGGCUUUUGUCUCUUUAUGACAACAAUAUAAAGUCGAUUACUGAAACAACUUUCUCUCCUUUAAAAAAUUCACUCCAGGUCAAUUUAAGUCAAAAUUUCAAUUUCUUCUACAUGUACUGCUUGAACUUGACGAAAUUCGUUUCGUGA